GGUCUACUUCACUGCUGUCUGCCUGGCAGUGGGGCAGAGCCGGGAGGAUUUGGGGGGUCCCCGGUGCACCCCAUUUGGCUGUGUCGUGCAUGUGCCAGCUCGUGUGCAGUGGCCCCCCCUUGGGACUCCCGUGGAGCCACCAGGCAGGACGGGACUGACCUUGUGCCAAAGCGCCUCCGCUUUCCGAGCCUCUGGCUGGAGGGAUAAGAAAUCCUCUGUCUGUGGGCGAGGAGCGGAGCCAGGGUCGGACCUUCCUCCAGAUCCCACCCUCCUCCUCCUCCUCCUUGCCUGCUGGGGACAGAGCCAGCUCCUCUGUGCAAAGCCCCUCUGACGUCACCUGUCCCUCUGACGUCACCUGUCCCUCCUCCGUCCUCCAAACUCCGCUACAGCUGCAGGCGAGGAGCUGGGGACGCGCAGCGAGACCCCGCGGGACACCGGGGCCACGGGGGAAGACUCCGUGGGGAGCAGCCGGUGUGUCCCCCUCCUCUCCCUGGCAGAGCGUCCAUCACCGGGGCGAUGGCAGCGCAGCCCUGCGGGGGCGAGAAGCCCUUCCACAUCAUCUCGCCCGUCCUGGAGAGCCUGCCCCUGUCCAAGGCGGCGGGCACCAAGGUCUACAUGAAGCUGGAAAACGUCCAGCCCACGGGCUCCUUCAAGAUCCGGGGCAUUGGCCACCACUGCCAGGAGGCUGCCAAGGAGGGCUGCCGCCACUUCGUUUGCUCCUCAGGGGGGAACGCGGGUCUGGCGGCAGCGUAUGUGGCCAAGAAGCUGGGGCUGCCGAUCACCGUCGUGGUCCCCAGCACCACCGGCCCCGCCACCGUGCGCAAGCUGGAGGAGCUGGGGGCGGAGGUGGAGGUGUCCGGCCAGGUGUGGGAUGAAGCCAACAGGAGAGCCCUGGAGCUGGCAGAGACCGAGGGCUGGGUCCUCAUCCACCCCUUCGACCACCCCCUGGUGUGGCAGGGUCAUGCAAGCCUGGUCCAGGAGCUGAAGGACUCACUGGAGACCAAACCAGACGCCAUCCUGCUGGCGGUGGGUGGCGGGGGGCUGCUGGCGGGCGUCGUGGCCGGCCUGCGCCAGGUGGGCUGGCAGGACAUCCCCAUCAUCGCCGCCGAGACCUGGGGAGCUCACAGCUUCCAUGCGGCGCUGACGGCCGGCCGGCUCGUCUCCCUGCCGGACAUCACCAGCGUGGCCAAGUGCCUGGGAGCCAAGAUGGUGGCAGCGCGGGCGCUGGAGUGCGCCCAGGAGUGCCAGGUCAUCUCCCAGGUGGUGGAGGACUCGGAGGCCGUGCGAGCCGUGGAGCAGUUCCUGGGGUGCUGGGGGGACCCUGGCUCCGCGGGGGCGGCUCAGGGCGCUCCCCCGCUCUCGUCCCUGCAGACGACGAGAGGAUGCUGGUGCAGCCGGCGUGCGGGGCCGCCCUGGCCCUGCUCUACACGGGGCGGCUGCAGCGGCUGCAGCGUGAGGGGCGGCUGCGGACCCCGCUCGCCUCCGUGGUGGUGGUGGUGUGCGGGGGUAGCGGCAUCCAGGUGGCCCAGCUGCGGGCCCUGAAGAGCCAGCUGGGGCUAGAGCAAUGCCCACCCUGAGGAGGGGGACGUGACGCAGCCCCGCCAGCACCCUCUGCUCCCUUUCCUUCCAAAAUAACUGAAAUAAAGCCCCGCUGCCCGGGGGACGCGGGGCCGGGCUCCUCCCGCAGCCUCUGCCCCAGCACACAGCAUCCAUGUGGGGAUGGGGAAACUGAGGCACGCGGGGCGGACGAAACCCGGGCUCGCGCUGCAGGCAGGGAUGGAGCCGGGACCCUGCCCGUGCGAUGGCGGGGCUGGGGUACGCGCACAUCCUGCUCUGCACCUCGGACGCGCCAGCCAUCCUCCUUCACGUCCCCCAACCCUCCGUCCCCCUUCCCCACCUCCCCUGCUGCUCCCCAGGCUGUCUGGACUGCAGCUCCCCGCCUCAAUUAGCAAGCGCUCCCUCUCUGACUAAUUACUUUGCUACUGUCUUUAUGCAUUAUUAUUCUAAUGAUUAUUAAUUAUUACAAUCUUCUCCCAUUCCUGCCGCGCUGUCUGCGGUCAGAAGAGAACAACACGCGCAGACCCGCUUGUUACAGUGAUUUAUUGGCGGAGCUCCCUGGCCACGUUUAACACCCGUGGGCUCUGAGGUGCACUGACACACGCGCGCGCGUGUGUGUGUGUGUGUCCCAUCCCGGAGCCCCUGUGAUCCCCCUUUUUCCCUCACCCCACUGUUUUUCCCAUUCCCCCCUUUCCUCCCAGCUUCCCUGCUCUCCCCCAUUCCCACUCUCUAGUGCUUUUAGCCCUUUGCUACUGCACCUCUCAGGGGCUUUUGUGUCCCCCCAAAGCCACUUCCCUCUCCUUCCUGCUGUCCCCAGGCAAUGGGGGGUCUUGCUCCCGCUGGGGCUCCCCGACCCCCACUGCUCCCCGAUUCCCCCGCUGAGCCCGUGCCCCAGGCAUCACCCGGUGAUGUCGGGCAGGGGGACGAGCCCCUUCCUGCCCCAAAACCCUUCUCAGCCUCCUUCUUCGGAGCAGAGGGGGCUCAGCCCCAGGACCAGCUCAGCACCCGGAUCACAGGCAUCCCUCAGGACCCCUUUUCCCUGGCCAGGCGCCUGCCCCGGGACCCGGCUGCCAGCCCCGCAGAAACGCCCUCCCCACCUCCAGUCCUUUUCCUCUCUCCCCCAGUACGUCCCACCGGCCAGGCCAGACCCCCCCAGAUGUUUCUUGGAGGCCAAACCCCCAUAAAUCAAAACUCUGCCACUCCAUCGUGGGCAAUAUCUUAUGUAAAAAGGUGUUUCCAGGGAGCACCGAAGGCUGGAGAAUCCUAUUACGAGGCACACUAUUAAUUAUAAGGAGUCAGCCCAGCCUACUCCAGCCAUUUUUUAUCCCAGGUCCAAAACCUGAUUACUUUCCACCUUCUGCAGACCUUCCCCUUCUGGAAAAAAAAAAAAAAAAAAAAAGGAAAAAGGUCAGGGGGAAAAAAAAGCAAAAAAAAGCAAAAAAAAAAAGCAUUGAUGUUUGCCCAAC